CUAGUCAUUGGAAACGAGAUCCUGAGAGCUCAAGUCACGGACACAAAUUCAAAUUUCAUUUGUAAGCAUCUUUAUCGUUGCGGAGUUAAAGUUAAGAAAAUUUCAGUCAUAAGCGACGAUGUUGAUGAGAUAGCGCAAGAAAUCAAGGAAUUCUCUGGGAAAUACACACACGUUAUAACUUCGGGUGGCAUUGGACCGACCCACGAUGAUGUUACUUUCCAAGGUCUAGCAAAAGCAUUCGACGAUAAUUUAUAUUGCCAUCCAACGCUAGUAAAAAUUAUAAAGACAUAUUUUCAUAUAGAAAAUCCUUUAUCUCCCAUAUUUAAGCCAGCUUAUAUACCAAAACAAGCUAUUUUAAAAUUUACUAUUAACAGUGAUACAAAUUUGCCAUCUAAUUUUCCAUGUAUUAUAUUAAAGAAUGUUUAUGUUUUUCCUGGAUCACCUGCUUUUCUACAAGUAAAUUUUAAAAAUUUAUACAAGAUUUUAUUUGAUACGAAGAAACGCUUUAUACAGCAAGAGUUAUUUCUUAAUGCUUCGGAGGAUGUAUUUGCAAAUGCCUUAAGUACAGCUUCUAAGGAAUUCCCCAACAUAGUAUUUGGAUCUUAUCCAGAAGAAGCUAAAAAUUAUAAAGUUCGAGUGACAAUAGAAGGUGAUGAGAAAACGGAAAUCAAGAAAGCUAGAGAAAGAUUUUGUAAUUUGAUACCUUCAAAUAUUGUAGUUGAUUAUACGAAAUGAUGGAAAAAUUCGUUCAACAAAUUAGUUGACAAAUACAUAAUAAAGUAUUAGAAA